AGGAGGCCAGCCCCGAGGGAACCCCCCCCGUGCCGUGUCACGGAGCGGUGGCACCGGGCUGGCCGCCGGGGUGAUGGGGCUGGGAGACGUGGCCGUGGGUCAGAGCCGCGCCGGGAGCCGUGUGGGAGCCGGCGGGGUCCUGAGGCGCUGGAUGGCCCCAAACCAGCCCCCGCCUCGCCCGGAGCUGCGUGGGGUGCCGCUGACUGGGGGCCUGGCCUUCUGGGAGAGCUGUGCUCCCGGGAGUGGGAGGGCGGCCGUGGCCGUGGAGCACGCUAACGGGACGUGGCUGCUAACGUUGGUGUCAGAAAAACUUAGUUUCCGCUAGCAGCGUGGGCCUAAUUAAACUCAAUCGAGCCGCUUGAUAAGUAUUGAUGAUGUGUUCCACACAAUUUCGUGGUACUUCUGGUUCUGUAGAGUUAAUCUGGUCAUAGCCUGUACUAAGUUGUUGAGGGACAAAAAGCCUUCUCCAGAUCACAGAACUAAGGCAACUGUUCCUGCGUUGUCUCAUGUGUUUGGUAUGGUGGAUGACAUUAACGUCUGGAUUCAGGCAUCUUAAGACUUGCCCAACUUCCCCAUGUUAUUACACCAGAGAUAGGGGUGGUGUGAGUGAAGGAUUAGUCCAGAUUUUCCAGAUCCAAAGGAGUUCUUGCCUUGCGUAGUGAGCUUUUGCUCAUCUGUAGAUAACGAGGUCAUUGAGUGAGUAUUUCAACAUUAUAAUCCAUCGAGCAAUUUGAAGAAAUCACUGGACAAGAGGCUACAUGUACGUUUUCUGCUUAAAGGUGUCCUGAGUAUGGGAAGAAGUUCUUCUGAGGCACUGGAGGCUGAUUUAUCCUUUCUCUCUGGCUCUCCCGUGACCACCUUUGGUGGAUAGCCCGAGAACGUUCUCGUGGCGGGUGCGAGUUUCUUUUGAAAUGGCAAGCUGGUCCAAGCGGUGGUGUGGUGACGCAGCAGGAUUCGCUGGAGAGCAGGGUGGAGAGGCUGACUCUGGGGCUGCGAUUGGUCUGAUAGGACGUAAUUGUUACCAGUUGCUCAACGCAGGGUGCUCCGGUGAAAUUCUUGGUCUCCACCGCCAAUGGACACGCCGAUGGAUUUACAGCGGUAGGAGGGAGCAGUGAAAAAUGGUACUUUCCUGAAGCUAAAUGAACAGUUAGGGCCAGCUGUGGAGGUUCGGAGCACCUCUGCUGCAACUGCUGAGCUUAAGGACCGGAGCACGUGGCAGCUGGCAGCUUGUGGUGUCCCAUGGUUCCUCACAUUUUACAAAUGUGCUGAAGUUCACUGAGGCUGCGUUUAUGGCCAAACUUCCACAAGCAAUAUACUGUGGAUGGAAGUUCUGAGAGCAGCUGCAGUCAUCAUCUCAAAGCUUUACAACAGAGGUCUCCAAGGUUUUAGGAGAUAAGCUACUAUCUCUGUAGCCUGCCAUUCAUAUUGCGCCAAGUUUUAUGUAACGUCUACUGAAACUGCGGCGCACCUUUUGAUAGCCAAGAAGGCUCGUGAACGUUAAGUAUUUGGAUGCAUUGGCAGAAUGAGUUACUCAGGAUGUUGAGGAACUCGGUGGGUGAAUAUUCUUGAUUUGAAAGAAUGCUUGCGUAAAGAAGAAUAUGUACCUUGAGCUUGCUUUCUUGCUGUUUCCCUUUGUUGCAAAGACUUGCUGUGAUAUGAGGUGGCUCAACAUCGGCAUUUUAAAUAUAAUUUUAGUAGGCAAGUGAGCCUGUGGGAGUGUAAAGAUGUGGUGGGAGAGGAACGCUUAAUUGUGAUGACUUACUAAGAAAAGCCCUGUUACUGGGAUAAGAACAUGUCUUUAGCAUAGCAUUUGUAAAUUGUUUUCUAGCAAAAUGCAAGAAAGACUCCAACACGCUGCCGAAGAUUUGAAAGCACUAGUUCUGUAAACAAGGCAUACCCAAACCAACAAACUUGGCUUCUCGUCUGUGUAAGUUGUGCAGUGAUGGCAGAGUGAAUUUUGAUGCGGUGCUAUUACUGAAUGGGUGGCUGGCAUCAGAGGUUUGGUUUUCCCAGCUCUGCACCUAGAAGCGCUGAGUGUUUGGGUAAGGCUCUGCCUUUGGGUGCUUGAAGCCAAAACCGAAAGGCGGUGCUGGAGUCUGGCGCUGAGAUAAGGAUGCACCCCAUCUAAAUCUGACAUACUGGCGCUUGGAUUGGAAAUGGCAACCAGAAUUUGUAAGAUACUUGGUGAUUUAUUUUUUAACUUUUGGGGUUUUUCUUCUCGUCACUUGUUUAUCAUGUGGAGCUCUCAUGCUCCCCUAUUGCAAGUUGCCGUCUCUGCCUCAUUUGCAGUGCAGCUGUGUUCUCUUGGUGGCUAAAAAUAGAAGGGUGUAGAGUUAGUUCUCUUUCGUGGAAGGGAAGGAGAAGUCUUAGAAAGUGUGAGUUCACCAGCAGAUAAUUCUUCUGUUGGUUCUGCUCAGGGCACCUCUAGAUGCUCUUUAUUCUUCUUUAUUCUUUGGUGUUUUGCAUUUCCAAACUGAUCUCACUUUGUAGGUUUGGGUGUUGAAUAUGUGAUCAGAAUGCAAAGACCUUUCUUUGUUCCUCUAGAAAAUAACUUGAGAGAACGUUGUGACCCCAUGUUGCAACUUUCAGUGUGAAAAUAGGCUUCCAAAAGCAAGUGUGAUUUUUGGGAAGAUCCCUAUUUAUUUAUUUUUUCAUUUUAAGGUAAGCAGCGCCUUCAGCUGGCUGAAGGAACCAAGGAGGAGUUGCAAAGGGGAAAUUCUAUCAGUCUUCUUCUGCCUUAACUCUGACUUUGUAGCCAUUUCCGACAAUCUGACAAGUCCUGUUGAAUAUCUGAAUGUAGGUAAUGGUUUCACCGCUUGACAAUCUUUGUGUAUUGUCCGUGAGAGAACACCCAGGGAUUUAGGUCCUUUUGCUAAUGUUAAAGGAACUGCACUCCUGGUUUUAAUAAUUUUACAAGUUUUUUUCAUUUACAUCUCUGGAGGAAAGUUUGUAAAAUGCUUUUAAUAAUAACUGUAUACUUGAAAUAGCAGGAUGACUUGUGCGAUAGAUUUGUCAGGUUAUCUUUACUGAUCCCAAACAAUAUCAUGUGCCCUAUUCUGAAAUAUAAGUUCAAUCUAAACUUGGUGAAUUUGGUAAUUCUGCUUUCAUUUACACAAAUCUCAGAACCACUUUAUUUUGGAAGAAAACGUCCACUGUAUGGGUGAUGCCGUACUUGGUACAGAUGGUGCACAUAUAACUUUUUUUCCCCUCGAGCAUUCAGGCCCCCAGCUUGUAUACGUGCAGAUCCAGAGCACUGCCCAGACCCAAGCCGCAUGUCAAGCUCUCGUUCCAUGGCUACGAUGCUCGUCCUGCCCGGGAUGGAUUUGUAGUCUGUCUUAAAACACACGAGAAGACGUUGGUUGCAUGGCAUAUUUCGAUGGGCUAGGCCUUUCAGCCACAGUUGGCAGCAGUGUCAGACUGGAGAGCUUGACGUGGGAGCAUGUUCUGAGUUCCAGUCACCCCACCGUUGUUUUUUGCAGAAUCAAGAGGAAGAGAUUGAAUUGUGAAGCCUUGCCUCCCUCAGCUGAAAGGCGAGCUGUUUCGGGUGGUUCCCAAAAGUAAUGUUUUACUAGAAAGCAGCGUGAGGCAACAUGCAGCCAGCAUGUGUUACUUGCUGUGCAGGAGUUCACGAGAAUAAGUGCCAUUUAUUCUAUAAAUAAAUCAAAUGAGCCUAUAUUCUGUAACUUUCCACAGAGCAGACUUGUAUUAUAUUGGCAGGUUAGCUGAGUGAAAACAACAUUGACAGAUUGUUCAGCUUGUAGGAAAAAUAUUUCCUUGUAGAGGUGCACAGGAACAGACCUGUGCGUCACAAGUGUUUCUAAAUUCCAAAUAUUUACUACAAUGAAAAAAAUCAAAACAAUUCAUCUUGGACGCAUGCUUCUUUAAUAGCAGAGGAUAGCAUGUGUUACUGGUUUUUGGAACAGAAAAAUCAGAUGACAAGCUGAGAACCGCUCUCCCCCAGACGAGGCUUUCCCUCCCCUUUCGAGGGUUAGAAUUCCAUAGGAGCAGGAAGAUACCAACGUGUUAGUGUUUAAGAGUGGAAAAUACAACUGCCUUUGCAAAUGACUAAUGAAGUCCAUCUUAAGUGAGAAAUGUGCCAGUCUUGCACUGCUGCCUUCUUAGACAUGCUCACUAGGACGGCGCGAACUUGCUCCUACAACGGGAGUCACAGAAGCUGGGCGAGCUGGGCCGCCAGCCUGCCGCAGCUGACAGGGGAAUCUGCUCCACGGCCUGUCCCUUUCCUUUGUGCUCGUUGCUGCUGUUGCUGGUCCCGGCCUUCGUGGAGCUGGUUGGGUUCACCACCUGGCCACAGCCAUCUGCUUGGGAGGGGCGGUUCUCUGCCGGGUGAACGAAUUGAAUCAGAUCAGUGCAAGGUGUUGCUAGAGGUGAUGCAGAGUCAGUGGCAAUAGUGUUUUAAAUCCCCAGAACCAUUUUCCCCAAAACUCAUCCCGUUUUCGGGUGGGAGAUUCAGAUGGACUCAGUGUGUUUCCAGAUGUGAGAAUGCCUUAAAGCGUGGGCUCCAGCUCGUACACCUGUGUCACUUUACUGGUAGGUUAGUCUGUUUUAGAGAUAACCAUUUGUUGCUCUGUUUCCCGUCUCUUCACCAGAUAACGUAUCCAUGCAAGGCCUUUUAUUGCCACAGCAGUUUAGUUUCUUUAGGAGCCUUUCGUGAAGAGCCUUAACAUGUAUCUUAGAAAUUAAAGCAGGCUUUAUCCAGAAGAGUCUAUAGGUAUGUGGGUAAGGGAGAUCUUUUUAGAGAACUCUUGGAGGUUUGUGAAACUUGACUUUGCUGUAUGAAAGUGGGGUUGAUUUGUCCUUUUAAAUGCUGUCAUUUAUUUUGCUGUCUACUGGUUUAGUCUCUAGAAUAGCUUCUACUAGCUGGUCUGUGAGGCUCUCUGGACUGUGGCAUCACAAAGUGUUAGGUGGGAGAGGACACAAUUAUAAACUGUGCCCAAGAGUAAGCACCGCUUCAGGCAGCAGAAUUUUUGAAGGCUGUUUUCUUUUGAGUCUUCAUUACAUGGCUUCUUUGGUCUCCGAUCAUGUGAUCUUGCUGAAUGUAGCAGAAAUUGGUCCAGAGGUUGAAAAUUAGGGAUAGCGGGAAUUAGAGGAGAAAACAGAAAGAGCGAAGGGUACGCACACAGAAUGCGUUUGUGUAGGCCUGUUUCUGUAGGAAACAAAGUUUUCACAAGUUCAAAUUCACAGUUGUGGUGAUACUGUAAAAUAACAUACAACAAAACAAUAUAGUACAGGGUGUGCGAGUUGCUGUCAGAACCUCCUCACUGAUGGAGCUGAAGUCUGCCUGCUUUUGACUGCUUCCAGACUCUUCUCAGCUGUCUUUGACGUGUGUUUUGCUGUAUAUAAUGCUCGGAGAAUGAAAGUCUGAGUGAAGAUCAAAAUGGUAAGGAUAUCUACCAAGUCUUUUGAAGGACUUCUCUGAAAGACUGACGUUUCUGAUCCUCUGCCCUUUUAGGUACAGAUCACGGUUUGUUGUUCUUCGUCUCCUUUCUAUUCCACAGUUCCAGGUGUCUUUCUUUAGCUCUUUGAGGCUCUUUCUAUUUUAGCUCUAGCUGAUUGUUCUGCUUGCAUUUAUGGAAGUUAAACUCACCGAUGUGUCCUUCCUCAUCCUUCUAAAAAGGGUCAGAAGAAAUGGUGUAAUUUCUGUAGGUUUGCAUGCAUCUCCUGCCUUUCCCACUCGUGGACAUUUUUAAAAAAUAUUUUUAAUAUGUAUCGUUGCUGUAAGCUCCAUUUGGACCAGUGUUUUCUGCCAAAGUGGUUAACACUGAGCUGAAAUUUUCUUUGUCUCAAAAUGUGUUUUAGGUAAUUUUUGGAUACUAAUUGUUACCCUUUUGUGCAAGAUGCUGGGUGCAUUGAGAACCUCAAGAGGAAGAGAUGUUGAGUACUGUGUUUCACUUAAAAUGGCCAAUCUGAAUUAUGGCAGUGCUGCCCGUUUGGCAGACGGAAGGACGGUAGGUUGGAUGACAGUGAGAACGUGCAGGCAGGUCCCAUCGAGUAUCCUCCUUGUUGAAGUGGAACAAGCGGAACUGCCUGAGUGGAACGGAAGGAGGGACUCUGUUCCCGCAGCCUGUCCAAUGACUUGAAGACCUGCGCUCUGUUGCAUUGAGUGGGAGAACGCAGGCAACAGUUAGUCAAAUUUGAGGUGUAACCUAUGUUACUGGUGCUCUCAGAAAAGGAAUGGAAACGAAAUGCCCUGCUUCUGGCUUUUUUUUUUUUUGACAUGUGUGCUUCAAGAUCGUACUGUAAUACUUAUUUUUCUUCCCCAAAGAAACCAGAACAAGCUGUGUUUGCAAAGGAAAGAUUUUACACGUUUCUGUUGCUGUGUUUAACUGCAGAGCAUUGGCAUUGUGGAAUGAAAGUACUCGUGGGUGGUUCUUGUACGCAAAUCUUAGCGCCCGAGGUGACUGUUGAAUUGUGAACCUCUUGUCUUGGGGUUGAAAUGUUUGUUAAUGUUGUAGCCAUUAAAGCUGGUAAAACAAACUUUUCUCAUUGGUACGCCUUACUUUUCUGAUUUCUUGUUACUGCUUGUGUGUCAGUGUCCAGGUAGAAAGUUCAGAGGGAAAAGAAAAGGAUAUUAGCGAGAGAAGUAAGAACCAAGGGAAGCAAAAAGUCACACUUAAAACAGAUGGCUGGCCAUUGUAGCUGCCCUUAAUUCCUAGACACUUUGUUUUCUCUAGGCAAAUGAAUUGUUAUGAAACUGCUAAAACUCGAAAUUGUAUCCUGCUCAAAUCCUUCAGAAUAUUUUCCGAGACUUCUGCCAGGACUUCACCCACGAGGAUCACCGGAGCUUUUGCAAGAAUGUUGUUGUUCACCAUUGUCCAUAGCCUUUGUGCAGAACUUGCAGUCUCUGCCGGUGCAAUGCCAGGAUACGCCACCUGUAUCUUCUGUAGUAAAUUGUGAAGCACUGCUAGGUUAUGCCACUGAUGUAGUUGAUUUUAUUGUGAAAUAAGCAGCUAAGAAUAACCGUUUCAGAUCUGACUUGCUCGUAAAUUUUUUUGUCAGUCAGCUCCUUUGUUGCAUCUCCCUCAAACAACUUCCUUGACCUAAAGUCAUGCUUUGAUAACACCCACAUCUAGAGUUUAACUAUUGUAUCUGCCUUUGUCCUGAAGGCAACGUGUUGCUCCUUUGUAAGUCGUGUUUGUAUUCAAGCUUGUGGCAAAAGAUAAUGACUUUCUGUGAGGGUAAUCACAAAAAGCAUUGAGUGCGGGGGACAAUCGGAACUGAUUUGUAGUUCCCCGGUUCUGAUCUCUGCAGCUACAGGACCGGUGAAUGCGAGUAGUGCCAUUGCUGUCGCAAAGCACGCCUGGUUUUACUUAGACUGUUUGAAAUUUGAAUGCAUGUGCAGGUUCCCUGCUACUGGCAGGGGUGAGCAGGAUGCGGGGAAAAGCUUAUGGGAUAUACAGUUGAACAAACGCGUGAUUGAAGAACAUGGGAAUAUACAAAAAUGUUGACUUGUGGCUAGCUAGAAGAAAUAAUUGUACUGUGAGCUCCUUUUGGACCAAAUAGAGUGACAGGGAUAAACGGACCAAAUUGUUCCCAUUGCAUGCCUCUGGCUGCUAGUAAAGGAAGUACUGUGCACAGUAACUACAGCUCCGGCUGUGUUUCAAGAAAAAAAGUUAUCCUUUUUAAUCUCUGUUCAAGCUAUUGCUAAUAUCCCUUGCAUGUCAGGCUCUUUCAGAGAUGACUCAAAAGAAGAAUGUGUCUCAGGUUAGUUUAAGAACCAUUCUGUUCUUCCUGCAAGCUCCCGUGGCUGAAGUUACUGGCAGAGUUCCCUGAAAUGGAGGUUUACAUUGAGAAGACAAAAAGCUGUGGUGAAGAAGGGGAAAAAGAUACUGGUAGAAGAUUAGAAAUGAUCUGAACAUCAUCUUUCUUUUGCUAACCUUCCCUUUAUUAUUUUUUUUACAGCAACAAAGACCAAAACUUGUAGACACAAAGAAUGACCUUGUUUAUGUUUUUCUUAGAUGUAGGUUCAGGCAGUUAGGGACAUAGCUGCUGGUGGUUGUUGUUGUUGUUUUUAAUUCUAAAGGGGAACUUCGGUUAUUGCAUUGUUAUAGAUGGCUCAGAUGAGCAUGCCUGUGGUUGGGAUGGGUAUUGUUAGGCAGUUCUUCAGAUCUCGUUUCCAGCAAUAUAUGCUUCUGACAAAUGAACCGUUCAGACUGGAAAUUCCUGUAUUAGGCUUUUAGCUGCAAACUGAAUGUUUUUUUUAUAUUCCAACAAAAAAAUAUUGAAAUUAAUUCCUGAAUAUGAGAUAAAGGAAAUUUUGUGGCCAUGGUAAGUAUGCUUUUUUUUCCCCUUAAGUAUUUCAGUGGGAAAAUACUGCCGAGUUCUCCUGCUUCAGAGUAAAAACCUGUAACUGACCUUUCUGUGGCUUUAGUGGGAUAGCUGCAAGUUGGUACUUCAAAAAAAAAAUAAAAAAAAUCUGUAGUAACCAGUGUAUAAGCAUCUGGAAAAUAGUAAAUGGUAGCUUAGUAGAGGCUAUAAGAUACGUUCUUUGGAGUAGAUCUGCACUCAGCAGAUUUCACAUAAGGAACAGAUUGCAUAUGCCUCGUUGAGAGUAACCUGCACUGUAUCCUUCCAGCUUUGUCACCGACGGGAGUUUGACGGACAUCAGUCUGCUACUGUGUAAACACAGGCCAUUCCCCCGAACACCAUGCUAUCUUAAGCAUAACUUCCAGGGUUUGAAAACCAGGCUUUGAAUUCUUUGUCUGCUGUCAUAAGGUUGCUAAAAGGCAGAUCUUGCCAGUCGUGUAUCUUCUGUGCUGUGUUCACGUUUCUUCCAAAGCAUGAAAAGUUACCGAGAACUCAAAUAAUGAACAAAUGUUUUUCCUAACUUUGUUUAGGAGAGAACAUUUGUUUUGGCUGAAAUCUUCCAGAGCAACUUAAAUUGACACCAGCAUGGGAAAAUUAGUAAAAACGAGCAGGAGGUUUUAGUGCUUGGGCAGCUUAUAACAUUAUAGUGGAAUGAGAAGGAAAAGAACAACCUAAUCUGCUUUUAACCUUUACAAGGUCAAAAUUGUUAGUGCUUCAAAGUGCCCUUCAAAGGUGAGCAGAAGUGUUCACGUAUAGAACUUCUCAAUUUUGCUGUGAUGAAUGUUACACCCAGGCAAGACAUCAAUCUACUGGGGAGCAGUUUGGUGACUUUGUUGUAUGAAUAUCGUGGCCAGCUGGGCUCUCACUAGUGAAACCCAGUGACUCUGAUACUAUUUUUUUCUCUUAAUUCUAAAUAUCCUGAUUAUUUGUCAUGGCAAAAAGAUGGAGAUGCCUCUGCCCUCUCCAUAUUCUGUUCUUUACAACCUUUUUGCCUUACUCCAUCUCAGAAGAAUUUUCCUGUAUUGCCAACACAGAUUAAUCCUUGCAGUAUAUUUCCUCGAAGACCACUGCCCAAAAUGUUGAAUUGGUUAAUAGUUUAACAGUGGUUUUGCAGCCUUCUAGCAACUUGCUUGCAAGUAGACAUAUGCUAUUGUUUUGUCUUGCAAUUAUUUUCCUUUAGAAGCCUUGAUUUGUUUUUGUAAAAUUGCAAAAUGUUUAUCACACAGAUGACUUCAUCCUCUAACAGGCAUGUUCUAAUGUGAGAAUAUAUUCUAUAAAGAUUUUUUUUUUUACCUUUGCAGUUUUAUCUAAUGAAAGAACUGGUCUUGGGGAGACUAUUAAACUGUGUUUAUGUCUAGUUAUCCUUAAUAUUUUUACUUUUUUUGUUCAUUGCUGGAAUCCCUAGCCACAAAACUCUAAAUCCAAGUUUAUGUUGCGCUUACAGCUACAAAGGGAUGUCAGAAGUGUAGUGUCCUGAGAUCUCUAUCCAGUCGUGCUUUUACUGUAGGAAGGAGUCGCACUAGAGUGGUUAUUUAUUUACUUUCACUUUUGUGGUUCUGUCUGGGCUUUCUUCAUUCCUGGAAGAAUACCGAGCAACAACAACAACAAAAAAGGAUGAAGAAGGACCUGGAGUUAAUCCUUUGCUCUGUCUUGGGGGAAGAUCACUUACAAUAUUCUUGACAGAUGCUUGUCUAAUCUCUUAAUUGCUGGGAAUGCCACUGCGUUUCUUAAGCAGCUUAUUCCAGUGCUUUAUGUUCUUGCUGCUUGAUGUUUUCUUAAGGUUUAACUGACAACCUUUGCAGGAAGCGUUGCUUUCUACUUUCUCAUGUCCAGCUAUUUCUGAUGUACCUGGAUGUAUUUGAGCUGUCAUUUUUCCCUUGAUCUGUUCUCUAAUACUGGUUGCAUGCCUUUAAUUUCCAGUUCUCCAGUGUUUCCUCGCAGAUCUUGUUUCCUUGUCUUCUGAUCCAACUCACUGCUUUGUAGACUCUCCCCUGUCGGUUCCUAUCUUGAAGACUGGAAUCCCAAACAGGGCAUCCUGCUUUAACGCUGAAGACUCGCUAGUGCUAGGUGGAUUGCUCUCCGCUUAUUUAUUUUUGAAGUGUUCUGCACAGGGCUCUGUUGUUCAGUUGUUUUCCUUUUGUUCACCGUUCGGUGUAAGGCUUUGCAAGCAAUCCAAGUUUAAGGUUCUGCAUUAGCCUGUACUUGGCUGCAUGUCUGGGUUCACCGUUGGUUUCUGUCACUCAGAAGGGCAUAUUCAUCCUCCUCCCAAAUGGAGGAGUGAAAGGCAGGGUGGGAACCGGCAUGGAAAACAAUUGUCACCAAAACAAAUGGGUGUUUGCCCCUCUGCGGAAGCAGCUUCCCCUUUGUGGUUAGCAAGAUGUACAAUAUAAGUGAUUUCUUGGCUUCUUGGCUGAUGUGUUUGAUCAAACAGGAGCUGUGGCUUUCUUCCUUGUUCUUGUCUAGAGCAUUAGGACUUGCCUUUUUGAUGCUGUUGCCUGAUGCAGUUGUCUGUUGUCAUUUGAUUAGCUGCAGUCUUCAAUAUUCAUGAAGAAUAGUGAAGAAAGAGGCUGCCCUGUAUGUUCAAUGUUAAGCUGUUGAAAGCGUACAUGGAACAUUGGUUUCUCUACAUCCUUUGAUUUCAAAUGCUGUUUUUUGUUACUAUAAAGUGGUACAAAUCCUUAUGACUACCUCUGACAAUACAGAAAGAGGAUUUACUUUUUUGUGGUAAAAGUAUAAUAGCAGCUUUAGCAGGAAAAGAAGAGAAAGUAAGAAAAUGUAUGCCAAAAAAGUGUAAAAGUGAUACGUUUAAUGUGAAUGUAAUUUCUGGUUUUUAGUUUUCCUCUAAAACUUGCCCAGUCAACAACUAUCUUCCAGCACUGACUGUAUUUGCAACUUUGGUUUCUUUCAGGCUGUAGGUAUACUUUUGUACCAAGAGGUAUGUUUUGGGCCUUGCGACUAAUCUUUUAAUUAUCAUUUAAUUUGCAACAUUUAUUAAAUAACUGUUUGGAUCCCAGCUUCUUCAAAUAACAGUAUUUGUAUCCUGUCAGCAUGUAAUCUUCAAAGAGUUAGUUUAGACGUAGAUUUGAGUUGAUUUCUGUAUCAUGUGCGUGAUGAUUUUGAGGCAUAGAUUUCAUUCCUUUUUGAUUAUUUUUGAAACUGUCUGUUAAUGUGUUUUACCAGCUCAUUUUUCUUGGGACUAUCGGUAGAGGCCGAAUGAAAAUUUAGAAUUGCAAUGAGACUGUCUUGUGGUUUAUAGGCUUUACUGAAUUUUGUUCAUUCAGUAGCUUUAUACAGAUUAACAUGCCUGAGGGUUUUUUGGUGCAUUUUUGUUCUCGAUUAGUGUUGUCCCACCUCUUUUUUUUUUUAGGUGACAAUCACUGCUAUCACCUCUGCUGCCCUCCUGUCAUCCCAAAGUGUCCACUUUUGACUGAUGAGCCUCUGUUCCUUGCACCCUUGUUGCUGCUGCCUCCACAAGCAGUUUGGCUCCUGCUUGGAGCACAAGGUCAUCUGCCUGGCAGGGCUGAGGGGUUGUUCCAGACCAUGCCUCCGUUUUGGUUUCAGGUGUAUGACAUGUAGGUACAUAGGUCAGUUGAACUUGCUCCAAGCAACAAUCAAAUCUAUCUGCUUUCAGACUGAGCUUUGACAUUCGUUUCAUGAAAGAGGUUUACCAGUAGUUGUCUUAUAAUAACUUUGAGAAGAAGUUCUAUGUAGCUCUUACUUUCAAGAGUGCUGCAAAAAUGAUUACUUCAGAUUUGCCAGUACUACAGGAUUCUACAAAUGAAACUACUGCACAUUCAGAUGCUGGCAGUGAGCUUGAAGAAACAGAAGUCAAAGGAAAAAGAAAAAGGGGCCGUCCUGGCAGGCCUCCAGUUUUCUUUGCCCAGUCUGCCACUAAGAAACCUCGGAAGUCUCCAGGAGACAAAGUUCGUUUGGAUGCUGGAGCCAGGGGAGCAAGUCGUGGAAGAGCUAAUGGCCACCCUCAGCAGAAUGGAGAAGGGGACCCUGUCACUUUGUUUGAGGUGGUUAAGCUGGGGAAGAGUGCUAUGCAGUCUGUGGUGGACGACUGGAUUGAAUCAUAUAAACAAGACAGGGACAUAGCACUUCUGGAUUUAAUCAACUUCUUUAUCCAGUGUUCAGGAUGUCGAGGUACUGUAAGAAUUGAAAUGUUCAGGAACAUGCAAAAUGCAGAAAUCAUAAGGAAAAUGACAGAAGAAUUUGAUGAGGACAGCGGUGAUUACCCACUUACCAUGCCCGGGCCACAGUGGAAGAAGUUUCGAUCCAAUUUUUGUGAGUUCAUUGGAGUGCUCAUUCGACAGUGUCAGUAUAGCAUCAUCUAUGAUGAAUACAUGAUGGACACGGUGAUUUCUCUUCUGACUGGUUUGUCAGAUUCCCAGGUCCGGGCUUUCAGACACACCAGUACGUUAGCUGCUAUGAAGCUUAUGACUGCUCUUGUGAAUGUUGCCUUAAACCUGAGCAUUCAUCAGGAUAAUACACAGAGGCAGUACGAAGCUGAGAGAAACAAAAUGAUUGGCAAAAGAGCUAAUGAAAGAUUGGAGCUGCUGCUUCAGAAAAGAAAAGAGCUACAAGAAAACCAAGAUGAAAUCGAAAAUAUGAUGAACUCUAUUUUUAAGGGUAUAUUUGUUCAUAGAUACCGUGAUGCUAUUGCUGAGAUUAGAGCUGUCUGUAUUGAAGAAAUUGGUGUCUGGAUGAAAAUGUACAGUGAUGCCUUCCUGAAUGAUAGCUAUUUAAAAUAUGUUGGUUGGACACUACAUGACAGGCAAGGUGAAGUGAGGUUGAAGUGUUUGAAAGCUCUUCAGAGUCUGUAUACCAACAGAGAGUUAUUUCCAAAACUGGAGCUGUUCACUAAUAGAUUCAAGGAUCGCAUUGUAUCAAUGACACUUGAUAAGGAAUACGAUGUUGCUGUGGAAGCCAUUCGAUUAGUCACGCUAAUACUUCAUGGAAGUGAAGAAGCUCUGUCAAAUGAAGACUGUGAGAAUGUUUAUCACUUGGUGUAUUCAGCACACCGGCCUGUUGCAGUAGCAGCUGGAGAAUUCCUUCACAAGAAACUGUUCAGCAGACAUGAUCCCCAAGCUGAAGAGGCUCUAGCAAAGAGGAGAGGGCGAAAUAGUCCAAAUGGAAACCUCAUUAGAAUGUUGGUUCUUUUCUUUCUUGAAAGUGAGUUGCAUGAACACGCAGCCUACUUGGUGGACAGUUUGUGGGAGAGCUCUCAAGAACUGUUGAAAGACUGGGAAUGCAUGACAGAAUUGCUCUUGGAGGAACCAGUCCAAGGAGAAGAAGCAAUGUCUGACCGGCAGGAGAGUGCUCUUAUUGAACUGAUGGUGUGUACAAUCAGACAAGCUGCUGAAGCACACCCUCCAGUAGGCAGAGGCACUGGCAAAAGAGUCUUGACAGCAAAAGAAAGAAAAACUCAGAUGGAUGACAGAAAUAAAUUGACUGAGCAUUUCAUUAUUGCACUUCCUAUGUUGCUGUCAAAGUAUUCCGCUGAUGCAGAGAAGGUUGCAAAUCUCCUGCAAAUCCCUCAGUAUUUUGAUCUGGAAAUCUAUAGCACCGGCAGAAUGGAAAAGCAUCUGGAUGCCUUACUGAAACAGAUUAAGUUUGUUGUGGAAAAGCAUGUGGAAUCGGAUGUUCUUGAAGCCUGCAGCAAAACCUACAGCAUACUCUGUAGUGAAGAAUAUACAAUCCAAAACAGAGUUGACAUAGCCCACAGCCAACUUAUUGAUGAAUUUGUGGAUCGAUUCAACCAUUCUGUAGAGGAUCUGCUGCAGGAGGGAGAAGAAGCUGAUGACGAUGACAUAUACAAUGUUCUUUCAACAUUAAAGAGGUUAACCUCUUUUCACAAUGCUCAUGAUCUCACAAAAUGGGAUCUGUUCAGUAACUGCUACAGAUUACUAAGAACUGGAAUUGAACAUGGAGCUAUGCCAGAACAGAUAGUUGUUCAGGCGCUGCAAUGUUCGCAUUACUCUAUUCUCUGGCAGCUGGUAAAAAUCACUGAAGGCUCCCCUUCCAAAGAGGACUUACUGGUAUUGAGGAAAACUGUGAAAUCCUUUCUGGCUGUCUGCCAGCAAUGUCUAUCAAAUGUCAACACUCCAGUAAAAGAACAGGCUUUCAUGUUGCUUUGUGAUCUCUUGAUGAUUUUUAGUCAUCAGCUGAUGACUGGAGGUAGAGAAGGUCUUCAGCCUUUGGUGUUUAAUCCAGACUCAGGCCUUCAGUCAGAGCUUCUCAGUUUUGUGAUGGACCAUGUCUUCAUUGACCAAGAUGAUGAAAACCAGAGCAUGGAGGGAGAUGAAGAAGAUGAAGCUAACAAAAUAGAAGCCUUACAUAAGAGAAGAAACCUCUUGGCUGCCUUCAGCAAGCUGAUAAUUUAUGACAUUGUAGACAUGCAUGCAGCGGCUGAUAUCUUCAAACACUAUAUGAAGUACUACAAUGACUAUGGAGAUAUCAUUAAGGAAACCCUGAGCAAAACAAGGCAAAUUGAUAAAAUCCAGUGUGCAAAGACACUCAUUCUCAGUUUGCAACAGCUGUUCAAUGAGCUUGUUCAGGAGCAAGGUCCUAAUUUGGACAGGACAUCUGCCCAUGUUAGUGGAAUUAAGGAAUUGGCCCGUCGGUUUGCCCUCACUUUUGGCUUGGAUCAGAUCAAGACAAGAGAGGCUGUGGCCACACUACACAAAGAUGGAAUAGAGUUUGCCUUCAAAUAUCAGAAUCAAAAAGGACAAGACUAUCCACCUCCUAACCUUGCAUUCCUUGAAGUGCUUAGUGAAUUUUCUUCUAAACUCCUGCGACAGGACAAAAAGACUGUUCACUCCUACUUAGAGAAGUUUCUGACAGAACAGAUGAUGGAAAGAAGAGAAGAUGUAUGGCUUCCACUAAUUUCCUAUAGAAACUCACUAGUUACGGGUGGCGAAGAUGACAGAAUGUCUGUUAACAGUGGAAGCAGCAGCAACAAAACCUCUUCAGUGAGAAAUAAGAAAGGGCGACCACCGCUACACAAAAAGAAAGUAGAAGAUGAGAGUCUAGAAGGCUCAUGGCUGAACAGGAAUGAAAACAUACAUACUCCAGCGACACUGCAAGCACCACAGCUCACCUCAACUGUCUUGAGAGAGAACACUAGACAAAUGGGAGAGCAGAUCCAGGAGCACGAGACAGAGCAGGCAUCUGAACAAGAUUUUUUACACAAUCCCCAGAUGCAGAUAUCUUGGUUGGGCCAACAGAAGCUAGAAGAUUUAAAUCGAAAGGACAGGACAGGAAUGAACUACAUGAAAGGGAGAACUGGUGUAAGGCAUGCAGUACGAGGUCUAAUGGAAGAUGACGCUGAGCCCAUCUUUGAAGAUGUAAUGAUGUCUUCACGAGGUCAGCUAGAGGAUAUGAAUGAGGAAUUUGAGGACACAAUGGUCAUUGAUCUGCCACCUUCAAGAAACCGACGAGAACGGGCUGAACUGAGGCCAGACUUCUUUGACUCCGCAGCUAUCAUUGAGGAUGAUUCAGGAUUUGGAAUGCCUAUGUUCUGAAGUCUGCUGAAGACAUUUUACAAAUUUGGAACUCUAUUGUUUAGAGCUAGAGGCCUAUAUACUGUGAUAGCUUGUAUGAAAAACACAUUUUUGAUGUGAUACGGUUUGAUUUUUAACCAAAUGAUUAAGGUCAAUCCCUUUUUGUAGUGACAGAAAGAAGAGGAACUUCCUAAUGACACAAAGGAAUGUUGGCUAAUCCAGUCACCUCAGAAAGGCUGACCUAAAAAAUCAUUUGUAUCCCUGUUCUUGACUGUCCUAAUACAGAUUUUUUUUUUCUGGAUGAGGAGGAAGUUUUAAAUUGUUAAGACAGCUGUCAAAAUAAACACUGUUCUACGUAUGUUUUCUGAAAACAACAUUGAGUGAAAACAGAACUUUUUACCUUUAUUUUUCUGCUGUACAAUUUAAAACAGUUUUAACAUUUGCCUUUUUAUGUUUUAAAAGCUAGCCAUUUUUAUUAAACCUAUGCCUAUCAGCCAUUGACUAGCAAUGAUGCUAUAAGCAGGUCAUUCUGGCUACAGAAAAGUGUUUUUGAACACACUGGAUUUGAUUAACAUUAUGGUACGCUUAUGUCCUCUCAUAGGCAUUGAGAAGAACACUCUUAUAGAAGAGGUUAGAAUUCUAAUGACGUGCAUCUCUGCCAAAAAAUUUCAGAUUCUGAUAUGAUAAACCCAGAUUUUAUACUCUUGAGAAGAUUUAUUUUUAUUUAUAAUGGGACAUAAAGUAAGAGAUGUCCAUGAAGCCACUUUUCCAACAGAUGCUGUGUAACAUUCAUUUUAUAUAGCACAUGGGGACACAAAAACAGUAAAUUUUCUAUUGGUACUUGCUCUGUGCAUUUUUAGCAACUUAUACCAGCAAAUAAAGUAUUCUCAGUAAAACACACAAAUGGUUCUCAAGUAAUCACUUUGCUGUUUUUACUACCUACUUCAAGCCCUGCCAGUCCAAGGUACAUAAACAGCAACUUUCCUAUUU